GCCAAUACUGGUUGGGCCGUCCUCUUGAACUUGGCUUUGCUCGUGAAACCAUAUAUGUCUGGGGUUUUGAUACGUCUAUAAAAUUUGACCAGAUCCACAGCUCCCUGGAAGAGCUUUUCUCAACCUGCGGAAAGAUCUUAUGGAUGGACAUUCCAACAUUUCCUUACACUAAUGUUACAUUGGGGUGGAAAUCGCUGGAGCAUAUAAAACAGUUGUUGCCAGUCACCUCAAAUUCCGUGAAUAAGUCUGAACUGAUUGAGUUCUUUUAGCAGGCUGGGGAAGUUGUUGAAGCGCGCUAUAGGUUUGAACAUUGCAAGGGAACCUGAUUUAUUGAGUUUGCAACUGAAGAAGCUGUAAACAAGGCAUUAGAGUUGGAUGGAAAAUACUUGUGUGAUAGGGAUAUUAAAAUUCGACCUCUAAUGGAAAUCAAUGGAGCAUCGAUAACACUUGUUGCCAAGAACCUAUCAUUUUCCACUACUGAAUCUGAUGUGGUCGAGUUCUUUAAACAGGCUGGGGAAAUUGUUGAUGUGCGUUUCUCGUUAGAUCACAAUGGAAAUUGUUGGGGAAAUUGCCAUAUUGAGUUUGCAACUGCAGAAGCUGCUAUGAAGGCAGCUGAGUUAAAUGGCGAAUACUUGUUGGGCCGUCCUGUUGUAGUUGGCUUUACUCGUGAAACCAAGGUUUUGAUACUUCUUUAGGAUUUGACCAGGUCCAGAGCUCCCUAGUAGAGCUUUUAUCAACUUGUGGAGAGAUCUCAUGGAUGCACAUUCCAACAUUUUGUUACACUGGUAUUCCUCGAGGGAUUGCUUUCAUGGAGUUUUUUGAUUCCCGAGAUAUCCACAAAGCUCUUGCGGUGAAUGGACAUAAACUAGGUGAUUCCACCUUGACAGUUAAAGAUGCUAUGCCAGUUUGACUUGAUGUUCAACCAACAGGUGUUAGCAUGAGACUUCGUGGAAGACGUGCUGGCAUAGGAAAAGAUGGAAACAUCUACCAUCUUCCAUCAGGAAAGAAAACUAAAUUUGAUGAUGAUUAUUAACCUGAAGGAGGAACAAGGCGGAAUUCGGGGUGAAUGGCCGGCGAUCCAACAGAAAUGAUAUGUCUAGUACUGUGUGCGCACUUAAAAUUGUAUAUUUGGUGAUGUUAUAUUUUUGCUUGUAAGUAAGUCAUGAACCAAGUAAGAAAAUUCACCAUAAAACCUCUAGGUUCAGUGCAGCAAAAAUUGUAGGGAAGUUUUAGGGUUCAGUCUUCAGAAUUCUUAGAAGCUUUUCAUAUAUUUAGACCAUGUGAACUGUUUUCUCAUCUUGUAGAAAACCUGGUAGUACGAGAUUGCACUUGAGGCCUGUUAUUGUAAACAAAUUUACAUUAAUGGGAAUAAUGAAGCUGAACUAUGUGCUGUACGCGAUGGUCUCAAGGUUGCUGUGGAUCUUGGAAUACAGAAGGUGGAAAUUGAAAGCUGUUCCAGUUUCGCAGUCCAAAUGUGUGAAGGGGCAGUCAGAUCCCAUGGAAAAUGCCAAGACUUGCCGAAGAUAUCAACAUUUUGAAGAACAAGUUCUCAAGUAUUCUGUUCAGGCGUCAAUAUAGAGAGUGGAAUGGUGUGGUUGAUUGUCUUGCAAAGUCUGCUGGAAAAAAUGAAAUUGAAGCAAUGUGUGGAUACUCCACUUGCUAGACGUUUUUUUAACAGAAGAUGUCUGGUUGAGCUAUUCCUCAUGUUGGUAGGACUUCGGAGGAUAUGGCGCGCGUAUCAAGAACAAUGACUAGAUUGUAUUGGAAAACGGUCAAAAUUAAUUUUGGGUGAAAUACCUGUUGACCAAAGUCAAAAAGAAAGGUUCCCUCAUACUUUUUUUAAUUUUUUUUGUUCUCUAAAGAAGUAAAGAUGCACGGAUUGGAUUACCCAAAUCAAUCAGCAAAACCAUGAAAUUCAUUUCUCAAACAGAAAGCAAGCUGCGAACGCAUUUUUGAGGAGUACUUAACUAAUGCUCCUUGUAAAAAAACAGGUUGUUCUCUGGAAGACACGUGUAUUCCUGGAGGUUUCCAUUCUGCUGGCGCGCUCUAUAAAAACCAGUAUCCACCCGGGUUGUGACUAGCAACACUCUUUUGUUCCCGCUGUUGUAGGAUUGAAUUCGUUAAACAGGCUGGGGAAAUUGUUGAUGUGCGUUUCUCGUUACUUGAAAAUGGGGAUGUCAGGCGAACUUGCCAUAUUGAUUUUGCAACUGAAGAAGGUGCAAAGAAGGUAGACUUGAAUUCCCAGCUUAUGCUUUAGAAUUAGUCGAAAGUUCUGUAUUCAAAAUACUACUCGUAAUUAAUUUACCAUUGCAGGCAGUUGAGUUGGAUGGCGAAUACUCAUUGGGCCAUCCUGUUGUACUUGGCUUUGCUCGUGAAACCAUAUUUGUACGAGGUUUUGAUACUUCUUUAGGACCUGACCAGGUAUAGAAAGACCAUGCAAUAUGCAUAGCUUAGUUUUAUCAACUUGCCGAGAGAUCUCAUGCAUGCACAUUCCUUGCAGUGCUGUUCCCAGGGGGAUCGCUUUCAUUUUGUUUUUUUGAUUGCCGAGGUUUCUCCAAAGCUCUUGCGAGUUGCGAUGAAUGGACAUAAACUUGGUGAUUUCACCUUGACAGUUGAAGAUGCAUCAACCUGCUGGUCCACAGGCCCAGAACUCAGAUCGGCUGUAUUACUCGAUUCCUCUCUCAACCAAAUCACUUUCUUCCAUUACCAGCUUCUUCUGCUAUGGUGGAAAUUUUUUCGAAGAGAAAGUUGAAGAAGAAACCAAAAGCUAAUAAACAGUGCAGAAACAAAAUCCAGAAGAUAGAUGAUUAUAUUUCAGAUGAUGAUACGAAGGAGAAAAUCAAUGUCAUUGAUUAUCUCUCAGAAGAUAUCUGGUUUGUGAUAUUCACUUAUCUUCCUCUAAAAUUAAUCUUUCAGUUGAAACUUAUUUCUAAACAAUGAUAUCUUCUAAUCUCUGGCACUAAUUUUAUGACCGGGAGAUUAAAUCUAUGCACUUUCUUUUAUAAACUUCGUCGACCUCUUAGUCCUUACCAAACAAUUCCGAUCGUAUUUUCUUCAAAUACGGAUUCUUCUGAUUAUCUCAUAUCUGAUCAAGAGUAUAUCCGUGAUGGGUUUUCUUUUGAUUACCUUCCAGAAAAUGCACAAGAACAACGAUGUGUUUUAGGUCCUUGCCGAUUCUUUUUAGGUUAUAGAAGAUGUGUUUUAAGUGCUAGCAAUGGUUUGCUUCCCUUUCGUUAUUGUAACAAUGGAGAUGAAUUCUGCUAUUUGAUUUGGAAUCCACUCACCAGAAAAUGGCGUGAACUGUACGUUUCAGCAUAUGGAAAUGAUGAGCAUGAAUCUCAUGUUUUGGUAUGUGAAUCGUCAUCAUCCACCUGGAACACUAAUCCUGUUGGUUUCAAGGUGGUUUGUAUACCAGAAAUAAAAUUACCUGCAAAGAAAUUCUAUUUAAGAAUAUUUUCUUCUGGUACAGGUAAAUGGAAAAAUCAUAAGGUUUUGUGCUCAGAUAAAAUCACUAUGUUGUACGAAGACACGAAGAAAGUAGUUAGUGAUCAAAGUGAACGCUUGUACUGGAUUAUAGAAACAAAUAAGAUUAUAGCUUAUGAUAUCAAGAACAGGGUAGGGGGUUGUGGUGAGUGUAUGCUGAUUGAUUUGCCCAAGAACGAAGAAGAAGAUGACUACGGAUCACCCAGCGCUGCUCCGUCAUGUCUUACUGUGUCAGAAGGGUGUAUCUUUUACAUUAGAAUAGAAAGCAAGCAGAUGAAUGUUAGUAUUUGGCUGCUAGAGGAGGAAAAUGAUGACUCCAGUGAACAAUGGUCUUGGAAAGUAGUUCAAAAGAUUAACGUAAAUGAAAUGUUAGCAGGUUCUGACUGGAACAACACCAGGAUAACGAACUUGAAACCUUUAGGUUUUAGUCCGUUGGAUAGGAACGUUGUUUUCUUGCAGAGUGACGAAUACAUUUUUCAGUACAACAUAUUAACUAGAAGAUCACAAUUGCUCUCAAUUAGUUCUCAUUUACGUGGUCCUAUAUCAUCUUAUGAAUUUGAGGUGUUGCCAUUUCUUGCAACGUCGAAGCCGACAAUAAUUCCAGUGAUAAGAAGAGCAUAGCUGUUGAUCUUAAUGGGGGAAUUUCUGGAGCAAUGGGGAGCUUUAUAUAUACCAGAAAGCGUACGUAGUGUAGCUCAAGCAGAAGCAUGGGAUUUCUUGCGUGCUAUUCAUUGGGCCUCUGAACUAAAUUUACAGCAGUUCAUCUUUAAAAGGACGACCAGGUUGUUCUUGUUUUUUUUUUUUGCACCACUCCAGUAGUUCACUUGGAAGGAAAGUCAGUAGUAUUAUGUCUUUAAGGUUGUUGAAGAGUCAUGUGAUGUUGCAAGCAUGUGUUGUGCACUAUCUAUAUGGAGUCUGGUAGCAAAGUAUGU